CACUGUACAUUCAGUUCGAUUAAAGCCAACGCUUAACGACAUCGACCCCUUUUAAAGCCGUCACGAAUUUACAAGUUCACGCAGCGAAGAAAUGUCCCGAGAGAACCCGGCUCCGAACAAGGCAAAAGCGAGCUCACGUUUCAGCGCAGCGCAGACUGCUCUUUGCUGUACGUGUGUAGCACCAUACGCACACGCACAAACUGUUUGUUUAGCAAGCAGCGCAGCCAAAACGCAGCACUCCGUAUGCACUGCAGCAACUUACCGCACACCAGCAAUGCACCACCCAAAACCACACACACACAUCUCUCCCUCAAUCUCCUCUACAAAAUUCCACCACCGCCAUCCACCCUCUCGUCCCAUCCCUCCCAUCCCCCCUCCACCCUACCAGCCCCACUCCACCAAAAGAAACCCAACCCAACCCACCCACCCCAGUCAAAAAACCGCAAAAAAUCAUACGACGGCCGAGACUCGAACUCGGGACCUUCAGUGGUCUUACAAACAUGCUGCAACUGUGAGACUGACGUGAUAACCAACUACACCACCGUCGCUUUCAGAUGAUGAGAAUUUCUCGCCGUGUGGGUUAUAAUUUUUUUCUGGUGGCGCCGAGGUUGUGCCGGUGUUUGUGGGGUCGGGUUGGUGGGAGGCGUGGCGGGUGAGAGGGUGAGAGGGUGGUGUGAGUGGUGUGGUGACGGGUGAAGGAAAGGGGAUGGGGGAUAAGGGAGUGUGUUGGUUGUGGGUUGGUUGUGGGUGGAAGA